GGACUCUCAUUCCAGAGGAGCUGGGCCAAUGAAAUAUAAAUCCUCUUUUCUCAUAGACAAGCAUUAAUCAAUGCACAUUCAGAGUUAGGAACAACAAUCAUCAAAUGGGGUGGGGGCAGACAGCUCAGCACCAGUUUUGGGCAAAUCAUUUGCUUCUUCACCUUUCCCUUGAAAAAAAAAUAAAUACAAAAAGUAUUGGCAUGAAUUUCCUUUUUGGGGUUUCUAAUAAGCUUUCAAGUUUUAAGUUGUCAAAAGAAAAAGGGAAAAAAUCCCAGUGUGGAGUUUGUCUCUCUCAAUCUCAAAGGGUUGUGGUUGUGGUAUGGUAUAUACAUUUUGUUUUUUCCUUGUUAUUUGAAACCCAAAAAAAGAAAACAUGCCAAGAAAUGUGAAACACAAUGCCUACCCUAUAUCCCACUUGCUCUGACUGUCUCCACCAACAUCCAGUUUUUGAUUAACUUCUCUCAUUUUCUUUGUUUGCAGAAAGUUUGAAAGCAACAAACAGCUGUCUUUACUCUUUAUUAGUAUCAACCUUUCUCCAGCUCCCCCAUCUUAAACAAACCCUAACCAAGAGUAGAAGAUAAAUAAGAAAAAAAAAAAGGCAAGGGUAAAUUCAGAAGAAUCUUUAUAAAGUUGGUGGCUCCUUUUAGCUAUUCAUGGAGUUGCAGUUGCCCACUUCCCUUAAAAAAAAAAAAGCUCUUCCCACCUCUUUUGCAUCAUACCCACUUUCUCUCAGUCUAGACUGAACGACCUUCAAUCUUAACAAUGACAUUUUGUUGACAGGUACAACGAGUGAUUCUUCUUGAGUAACCUACAACCCUAGCUUUUUAUGGGUUUUUCCCCCUUCUCUUUUGGCUUUUUACUUUUGCCUUCUUGACUACAAACUUUGAUUUGUUUGGUGGAAUCCAUGUCAGUGAAUGGAUGGUUGUAAAAUGGCAGCCCAUUUGUCUUCUGCUGCUCUUUUCUGCAAGAACUCUUCAUCUUUAACUUUCUUAACUCUCAACUUAUUUUUUACAAGUCUUGUGACUUCUUCUUCUGGUUCCUCCCAUCCUCUUGGAGUAAUAUCUGCAACUGCAACUUUACUGGUGAUCUAUUAUCAGUUUUGCUUAAAGGAAAGAGCCAGAAUCACCAUGAUGUGAUGUUCUUGCGUUUGGUAUAGGGGACAUGCAAAUAAGUGUUCUUAAAUGUUCCUGUUGUUUCAAUUCUUGUAUUGCUGCUCUCUGUAUAUUGAUUAGUGGACUAUGUUCUUGUUCUAUGCAUUUCUUGUGUGUCAUAAGACUUCCGUGUUCUUCAGUAGUUGAAUUUGGUGCAUUCAUGUAGUCAUCAGAAAAGUGAUUCAAACUCUUUAAAGGGUGCUCAUUUAAAGUGGAAAAGGAGCCGAGAACUGAAAUAUUAUUCUUUAUGGACUGGAACUUAAAGACUCCAUCUUGGGAUUUCGCUCAAUUGGAACAAGAUGCAUUAAAAAACAUUAAUACAACAAUAGAGGCAUCCAGCAGCUUUGUUGAACAAAGGACAGCUUCUGGGGAUUUCUCGGUCGAUUUGAAACUCGGUCAGGUCGGUGAUCUGGGAACAAGAUAUGUAGUCAAUGAACCUGGAGUCUUUAAAAUGGCACCAUCCCCUUCAGAACCAUCCAAGAGAGCAAGAGGAUCUGGCAAUGGGGCUCAGCCUUUGUCAUGCCUUGUUGAUGGAUGUAUUUCAGACCUUAGCAACUAUAGAGACUACCACAGGCGUCACAAGGUCUGUGAGCUCCAUUCAAAGACUCCCCAAGUUACUAUUGGUGGCCUAAAACAAAGGUUCUGCCAACAGUGUAGCAGGUUCCAUUCGCUAGACGAAUUUGAUGAAGGAAAGAGAAGCUGCAGGAAACGUCUCGAUGGACACAAUCGAAGGCGACGAAAGCCCCAGCCAGAGUCCCUAUCACGAAGCAUUUUGUCUCAUUACCAAGGUUCCCAACUUUUACCAUUUUCUACCUCAUGUGUCUAUCCAUCUACAAUUGUAAUGAACCAUUCCUGGUGUGGAGCUGCCAAUACCGAGACAAAUGUAAGGCUUCAAGGUCAGCCAGAACCAACCCACUUCCCUGAUAAACACAACAUCUAUCUUGGAUCGUCAUCAAACGAUAGCAGCUACAAAAUUGGAAAGCAGCUCCCAUUUCUGCAAAGUGACAAUCCGUCGGAAUUUUCGGUCUGCCAGCCACCUGUCAAGACCGUUGCUUUUUCAGAAAAUGGAGGCGAUCAGAGCAAAAUGUUAUACGACAGGUUCACAACUCCGGGCCAUGAAUCGGAUUGUGCUCUCUCUCUUCUGUCAUCUUUGCAGACACAGUCAUCCAGGAUCGGUUUAAGCCAAGUCGAGCAGGACCGUAAUCUAAUAUCCUUCUUGCAUCCAUUAGAUGUGAACUUAGGUAAUCACAGCAGCUUAAAUCCAGUGGAUUCAGUUCUGAAUGGCAGUGUGAGUAAUGCUGAUAUCAAUUGCUCAGGAAUGUUCCACAUUGCUUCAGAUGAUGGAGGGAAUGAAGCUCCUACGCCAUCCCUUCCUUUUCACUGGCAAUAAAGUAACUACAGUACAAAAAAACUGAUCUUUUUUUAUCAAAAAGAAUGGAAAAAAAAAACAGUGAUUCUGGAAACCCAUGUCCAUGAUAUUUGGAAGAAUGUUCACUCUAUUAUAGAUUAAAGUUUAACUGCUGCCUGCCUGCUAUGCACGAUGAUACUUCUCUCA